AUGUGGCUGUCCCCGUUUCUGCUCCUUCUCUGCCUCUCAGGCUCUUUGUCCCUGACGGGCCCCAGUUCUGUGACAGGCACUUUGGGUGGCUCUCUGAGUGUGCCAUGUCAGUACGAGGAGGGAUACCAGAGGCAUAACAAAUACUGGUGCCGAGGAGAGUUCGGCAUAACAUGUGAGAAGAUUGUGGAGACCAAGGGAGAAGAGAAAGAAGAGAGGAGUGGGCGUGUGUCUAUCAGAGACCAUGCUGAUAACUUCACCUUUAUAGUGACCAUGGAGAACCUUACUACAGAUGAUGCUGGAUCCUACUGGUGUAGAAUUCAGAGAACAUGGUUACCUGACCCUUUAGUCCAGGUUAAUGUGUCUGUUUCUGCAGCACCAAAAAAAACCACAGAGAGGACCACAUGUCAAGCUGUACCUGCUGCCUUUCCGGGGCUGAAAAGCAAGCAGAACCUCAGCACCAAGGAGGUGUUGACCUACUGCUCAGGGUCCUUGCUCAGCAGUGUCCACUUCUUGCUCCUGGUCUUCCUGAAGCUUCCCCUGUUCUUGACAUUGGUGGGUGCUGUCCUCUGGGUGAACAGGCCUCAGAGGGGCUGUGGAGGAAAUAAGCCUAAUGAGGAUAAUCCACAAUGUAGUACACCGUCCCCAGGAAUGGCCUGUCCAGGAAUGUAG